AUGACACGAAUCCGACUAACCUUCUUGGGCUUGGUUCUUUGCUACUCAAAUGUAGUGAUCACUAUGGCUGGUGAAGGGAUGACAUCAUUAAGUCAUCCUCCGGCUCACGACAUGGAUCAGUGGAUGUCCGACCACCUUGAUGAUAUCACUGAUUGUAACUUAUUAGUCCCUUCAAACAAGCCACGUCUUUCGGAUGAACAUACGCAUUCUAUAAACCUGGAUUCGGAUAACCCUAACUCGAAUGAAUUCAUUGAAGGCUAUUCGUCUGACCUUUUUCAUAGUCCAGAAAGCCCCAGAUCAGAUUCAUCCUCCAGCUACAGUGUUGGCAGUGAAUUUAGGGACAAAGACAUGCAUGAAGCGGUCAAUUCCUACCAACCCUCAGUGGCGAUGGUCAAAGAGGGUGGCCAGGCUCAAGAAUUGAAAGUAGCUGACCAACAAGCUGAUCAGCACGAAUCCCUGUCAUCCGUGAAGUCCAAGCCACGUUCUCAGAGGCAGACAGGGUCGGACUCUGCGCCUGCGACUUGGGGAUCAAGAGGGCAAUUAAUGGAAGGUCCUCUACCUGAUCAAGGGCAGGAGCUGGAAAGCCCUGACAAUCUUAAAAACGACGUCGUUCUCCUACAGAAGGCUCAACGUGCUACUCGAAAACGGAAAACGCCCGUCCAAGCAUCCACUGGGGUUCCUUACAGCGCCAUGGACGACGGCAAACUAACAGACAAACUUGUGAUAUAUGCCAGAAAAUUGAGUGAAUCACAGAGUGCCGAAGAUAGAGAAGCAUUCCGAAUCGUUCAAGCUCAGAUUGCCGCGGAAAGAGAGAAACUGAUAGAAUUACAAAGGCUUCAAGUCACCGACGCAUCAAGAGAACAAUUGGACAACAAGAUUGUGCAGGAACCGGAUUCGGAAUUGACGGAGAGACAGAUCUUCAUUUUUCGCAACCCUCCCCCUGAUAGUGACAGCGUCUCGAUCAGACUGUUAAGGGAUAACAGAACCAAAGGAGCAAUCUAUGUGGGAGAAAGGCUGGUGACCAGAGUUGAUAAAGUUGCCCAGUUUUUGGAUAUUUUUGAUCACCUGUUUUCUCGGCUUGCACUCAAUAAUAAUGAACGGGGCAUCAGGCCGGCCCAAGCUGGAGAUCACCGGGAGGUUCUCGAUCGGUUCUACAACCUGAUCUUCACCGAGACCAUGGAGCAUCCACCUCUCAUGGGAUCGGCUAAACGUUCCUCAUUAGCGGGAGAACAGCCCAAGAAAUUCAGUCCAGCACAGAUGUCCCUGUACAAAGUGUUGACCCAGAGACCCGAAUUGACUAACGCUCAAGCGGCUGCUGUCGCCCUGAAGUUCCGCCAGGAAUUCGACAAACCGAUGUCCCCUAUUGGUGCAAUGCCGCUUCAUGAACUGGUUGCAAAAGCAUCAAGCCUGGAUCCAAGUCUAGAGCCAGUCAAAAAAGUUAAAAAAAAGGAACCUGUCUCGUGAAACUAGUGUGCCCAUCUUAUUUUGCACUCCGU